AUGGCCAAAACACUAUCCAGUAGGCCCAAUUCUGUGUCCGAAGUCAAUGCCUGCGUUUCUCCCCUCGACGGCCGGCGGAUGGUCAAGAAAAACACCUCUUUUCGACAAUGGGUGCUGCAGAACCAGAUAGGCAUCUGUGUCACCAUUCUCACAAUGAUAUUCGCCCUCCACAACCUCUAUCCUUCCCUCAAACCAUACACCUCCCCUUUCUUGCAAUUGCCCCACUACCAGCCGGAAAAGGGUACCUAUGUCCAGGGUUGGGAUGAUAUAUAUUUUUCCUCUAGCGCCAUUCUAGCUUUCACCGCCAUCAGAGCCAUUGCUAUCGAAUGGCUCUUCCAGCCCAUUGCACAACGUAGCGGAUUGAAACAAAAGGCCUCUCGUAGGCUAGCGGAGCAAGGCUGGGUUCUCGUUUAUUAUUUAGGCUUUUGGACUUAUGGAAUGUGCCUCUGGUACAAUUCAAAAUACUGGAAUGACUUCCGCGAACUAUGGACCGAUUGGCCUUCCAGGGUAAUCACCUACUCCUUCAAAUGGUACUGCCUGACGCAGCUGUCGUUCUGGUUCCAACAGCUCCUCGUCAUCAACAUUGAGGAGAGGAGGAAAGAUUACUAUCAGAUGCUAGUCCACCACAUCGUCACAAUCGCCCUCUUGGGCUCCGCUUAUGUGUAUGGUUUCUACAAUGUCGCGAAUGUCGUCCUGUGCAUCAUGGAUAUUGUAGAUUACGUGCUACCGUUCGCAAAGAUCCUAAAAUACCUCCGCUACGAACGCUCCUGCACAGUCGCUUUCAUCGUCUUCGUCGUCAUAUGGAUUAUCUCCCGACACAUCAUCUACAACAAACUCUGGUACUCAAUCUACCUCAACAUCCCCGACGCAAUACCCUACGGGUGCUAUUCGGCCAGCACAACCAAGAUGCUAUCCCCCCAUUCCCCCUCGCCCUCCCCUUGUCCACUCUCCAAACCCCUCAACCAAACCCUCUCCAUAGACAACUGGACCCACCUCCUCCACCCUUUCCACCGACUCGGCGGCACAAUUUGCAUGAGCCCCCGCAUCAAAUGGGUCUUCCUCUCCUUGCUGCUGUUCAUCCAGAUCCUCGCGAUAAUAUGGUUCACUAUGAUUCUGCGCGUGGCUAUCAAGGUGCUAAAGAGCGGGUCAGCGGAGGAUUCGAGGAGUGAUGGGGAGGAGGAGGAGGAGGAGGAGGAUGGAGGGAUGAAAAGGAUGAUUCGUGGGUGA